GUUAACAGGGGGAAAACAUCCUCUGUGUCGAUUACAACUGCCACACGAUCUCAUGAUGCGUAAAUUGUGCACGGGUGUGGUUGCUCUGUUCUGUAUGGCGUUAUACCCUUUGAGAUGUUCCGCCGAUAUGAUCUGUUAUAAAAUGGCGUCCACUGGUGCUGGCGAACGACAUGACUCUGCAGGAAUGGCUACCGAGCGAGCAGGGCGGGAGUCUGGUGGAAAUCGUGGUGGGCUGGCCUCGACUUCUGGCGGUGCUCCAGUAGCGGAACGCGGUCAGCAAGCUUCUUCGGGUGGCAGGCACAGCGGCAGGACGAAGAGAAAUCCUUCGUACUACAAGUAUGACAACCGGCAGUGGUUUCUUGAUUGGGUUUCUGCUGACGAGUCCGCGCUGACGAGUCCACCUUGCGGUGGAGUCGUCUUCGUGAGAGAUCAUAAGAAUUUUCGGCUCGUCGGGGCCGUGAGCGGGUGGGAAGAUUGUUCGGAAGGAGUUCGUACUUUCACCCUUCAGACGACAUACGGGAAGGACGGUGGUCCUGACGAUGACGCCCAUGGUGUCAGAUUGUCUUGGAAAAAGUUCCGAGGUUUCGGCAAACAAGCCACCAUGCUUUCAUUUUACACGACCAUAACAUCAGAUUUAGAACCAACUGUUCUAUUGCGGGUCUUCUUUGAUGAGUGGGAGAGAGUGGUGCCGCCAACCAGGUGUUUAGAUGUGCCGCAAGAGCAUCGUAUUUCAAUGUUGAUCUCGUACGUUGGCGAUGACGAGGACCGCACGCGAACUUCAGAAAUGUCGACUGUUGUUGCUAAAGAGGGUGCGACUGGAGUGCUUGACCCUAGCUACGUUCCUGAGCAGCCAGAGCCCUCAGGUGCUUAUGAAGAAUCCGAGCCGGAAGGUGAAGCUGUCGAACGCAGACAUGCGGAGGGGGCGGUCGCCGAUGUGGCUCAGGGUCCAGUGAGUGCUACGAAUGAGCCGUCGACUGGGGCGAAGACGACUGGAGUUAGCACAUCGGGAGGAGAUCAUGAGGUUGCAGAGCAGCCAAGGGACAUGGGUAAAAGACCUGUUGCGGUGGGAGAAAAGAGAAGCGGAGAAGAAUCUGGCAGCGAGGGGGAUGGAGACGAACACAGACAGGCCUUACAAUCGGACAAGAAGAAAAGGAAAACAAGCUCCCCUCGCCAGACAUCUGACAAGAAAAGGAAGUCGGGAGGGAGGACCCCGGAAACACCGAAGGCGAGACGGGGAAGUGGAACGGGGGAGGGGUCAUCGAAAGGCAAGCGGGCACGAGCAGAUGAAAACGACAGUGAGGACGACAAGGAGAAGGUUGUCGAACUGGACGCCGGGUACUUUCUGGAAUGGAAAGAGGGUGUAAAGAAAGAUGUCACUCUUUCUAUCAACCCGGAGAGGGUCUUGGAGUUGCCGGCGUGGGAAAGGUCGUACAAUCAUCGUUCGAUCGACCCAACCCACACGACAUAUAUAUUGCGGUGUAUGAUGGAUGCCUUCAAGAAGAAAGGAAAGACGUACGAGAAACCAAUUUUGAAAUUGGCACCAAUCGUAGGGCUUCCUAGCCUCGGACGGAAGGCUGUUCGGGUGACCCCGAACAAAUUCAAUGUGGGGAACCCGAACGAGCACUGGUACUAUGCUGUGAGCGGGCAGCACAAUGUCAAGGCUGCGCUGGAGUUGAGAAACCACGAGAUUUGGGAGAAGCAUACCUUCUCCGACUGGCCCUUCAAGCCGUUGUACUUCACCGAGGAGGACUUCGACGGUUAUACGCAGAUAAGCGUGAACGAGAAUAGGAAGGACAAGUUAGCCCCUCCUCGGGCUCAACGAUUGUCAAUGGCAGACAUUCGUCAGGAGUGGAAUAACUUGAAGUGUCCUCGUGCAGUCACCAGCAAUAUAAAGUUCAAGAAGGAUUUGGUCGCCAAAUACGAAGAAUUUCAGAAAGUUGCCUUGAGGAAAACGCCUUACUUCAACCUUUGGAGGUUGGCUGAUGAGAAAUCGAAGAAAAAGGAAUGGACGGAGAAACUGAGGUACUACUUGCCUUUGGUCAUGACGGACGACGAAACGUGGAAGCUUGGCAUGAAGUUCUACGACGAGUGGGAGAAGGGCCAUCUGCUCGCCCCUGAUGGCGCUGUGUGGACGAAGAAGCCUCCAACAGCGGACCCGAGAGUCACCCGUGAGGGUCAAUCAUUUGCGGAGGACACCAGUGGCCAUAAGAGAGUUGUGUAUAAUGUGCAUGUGACUGAUCCAGAGAUGCGGAAAGGAAAGAAGAAAAGGAAACAGGAGGAGCGCGACUUUUUCAUGCAAGUGAAUGAACCCGAUCACGAGGGCCGCGACAACGAUGAUUGGAAUGACUCCUUUUUCCGGACGAAGGAGCAAUUGAUGGCAGAGUACGCCUCCAAGGAACUGGACGAGAAAUUGUGGGCGGGCUAUAGGAAAUGGGUCACAGAUCACUCGUACCUCAAGCAAUGCCCCCAGUGUCUCAGCUGUCCGAGUGAUAAGGACGUGGCGGCGACGAUGAAGUUGGUCAAUCGCGAGAAGUUUCUCGUGCUGUCCGUGCUGAAAGGCGAACGUAGCAAGACACAAGAGGGGCCGCAAGCACUGGGAGAAUGCACCAAUGUCAAAUGGAAGCACACCAGUCAAGUGACAACCCUCGCACCAUUUGCUUACGACGCCUUCACGGCUUUCUUGAGAAAGGAUGAGAUAAGGAAAGUUGUGACGCAGCUGCGAUGCCACACUUGCAUCAUUGACUUCUGCGAUCCCGUUGACCGAGCACGUUGGAAUGAGGAGGCUUUCCGGUCAUUGGCGGCAUUCCUUGAAGCUGUGUGUCCUGAUUUUCGAACUCUGAUUGCUUUCGUUCCCAGGCAAUGGGACCUCUCCUUCAUGGAUCUUCUGCACAUUCUUCCUGUCACGAAUGGUUGUGCAGGAAAAUGGGUUCGGAGGAGUCAAGUUAAGAAGCACUACCAAAUCGGGAACAGUGUGUGGGCCGAGGAGGACAAGAUGUAUGUUCUUUUCCAUGGGGAUGAUCUGAAGCUUAACACCCCACCGACAUAUGAGGGGCGAUUGUCGGACGAUGACGCUGCAGCUCUUGGGAAAAGGCAGAAGUGCACACCCUCGGACAUUGCCGAAACACAGUUCACGGCCACGACGUAUGCAUUGGCAGGCGUGCACCACCUAAAGGGGUUUGUCUAUAAGGAAAUGGAGCGCCACCCAGUUAUGCUAUUGGGUCAGAUAGAGUUCUUCUGCCCAAUCGAAAAUGGAGUUAUGUUCAUCGGCAAAGCACACGCCCAGGUUGUGUGGCAAGUCCUCAAGAGCGGGCGUCAUGUUGUGGCCAUCGAGGGAGACACAAAGCUCCUCAACUUUUUGAUGACAUAUGUUGCGCAUGAGGUGCAUACGGGUGUGGACAACUGUGAAUUCUACCAGGUGCAGAAAGAGGUCGACCAUGAUCCAGACAGGAAUAUGUGGUUCAAGCUAUCAGCUGAGAAAAGGGCGAGUGUAUACAAGUUUCUUUUCCUCGACACACGACCCAAACUAAGAUUCGAGGACGACCACAAGUGCCGACGAGAUGUCGUGAUCGGGGCAUUGGAUGGCUACCAUGGUGCUUCUAGGGAGGCUGCGGCCAACUUCGUGGAGAAACUUGAGGAACGCUAUUUCGACAAUGGCAAGAUGGAACUCACGUUAAAUUAUUACAAGGCUCAGUUCACCAAAGAGGACAAUUUCAACGCAAACGACGAGGAAGAAGUCAGCGAAGAUGUGUUCCAACCAGCAGUUAUUGAUAGCGAAUGGGUUAUGGCGUUCAAUGAUAAGGGCGAAUGGAAAUCAGAACCCCAUUCGUCAAAAAAGGUGUUUGAAGAGGCCGCCCUCCAAGCGGUUAUCGACCACGUCGCGGAGGUAAACUGUCGUCAACCAGAUGAGUUUGUCGUCAAAGUGUUCGGAGAGCAGACAUAUGAGAUUCUUCGGGAACACAACAUGUUGGAGUUGUGUCGUGACUUUUAUUACCUCGAAACAAGUCCAAGUUAUGAGGCUAACAUUGACUGGCAUAUUCCGCCUCCUGCCCCAACACGAGGAGAGGGAGCUGGACGGGGCGGACGUGGAGGAGAUGACGAAGGAGGGGACGGAGGAGGUGAGGACAGAACCCGCGCCGGCGGUCACGGUGGACAUGGUGGAGCAAGUGACAAUAGAGGGGGCGGCGCACAACGCGGAAAUAUUACGAGCGCGGGAGGGGUCACAAUCGCAGGCGGAAUGGGUGGCAUGGCUUCGGCAGAAGGUGCGAGCUCACAAACUGGCAGCACCGACGACACCCUUGCGCUGGGUACGGAAGACCAGGAAACUGCACCCUUUGACACGCAUUAUGGUGGUUCAGAGGGCGGGCAUGUCUCACUGACGGAUGCCGCGGAGAAACCUGCAGGCGGGUCAUACUUCCCCCAGAUGGGAUUCGAAGGGCACAAGGAGCGCGGGCUGCGUGAUGGCGGUUCUUUUGCCGGCGCCGGAUGUAUCUGCCGUCCAAGCCUCCGUGACAAUGCAGAGCGGAAGGAGGACUUUGUUGUCAGACACACUUCGCAGCAAACACGCAGCAUGGAUAACACCCUUGCCCUGAAUAUGGAAGACCAGCAGACUCCACCACCGGCGCAUCAACUCAGCAGCACCGACGACAUGCUUGCCCUGGGUAUGGAAGACCAGGAGGGUGCACCCUUCGACACACAUUAUGGUGGUCCUGAGGGCGGGCAUGUCUCGCUGACGAUUGCCUCGGAGAAACCUGCGGACGGGCAGAAGGGGCCCGGGGUGCGUGAUGGCGGUUCUUUUGCCGGCACCGGAUGUAUCCGCCGUCGAAGCCUGCGUGUCGGUGCAGAGCAAACUCCACCACCGACGGAGCAGCAGCCACGCAGCACGGAUAACACCCCUGCCCUGGGUGUGGAAGACCAGGAGACUCCACCUCGUGAUGCACAUUGUGGCGGUUCCCAGGGCGGGUAUGUCUCGCAGUUAUGUUCAAGGUUGCCUGGCAUGCGGCCCUCAAAAAUCAUUACGGCUAUAGUCGUGUCGGACCAGUGCAACGAGGAUGAAGACGUCACCAUGCUGGAAGGGGAUGAGGUUGUAGUCUGUCGUCCGAUCGAAGAUGAUCUUGUCAAGACACUUUUCCGCGAAUUCGAUUCCCCCGUUGUCAUCUCUCCCUCUUCACAAUUAUUGACUCCUCAAGAUGAAGUUCUAACCAUCCGUGGGAGUGGCGGGACAGCUGGUCGUCYUGUAGAGUUSUGCCCCGGUGCUCCGGRAAAAGUUGUUUGCCUCGUCGACGCAGACAUUAAGGACCUGUCCCGGUUUCCAUCCCRGUUAGAUGRCAUUAUGGCAUCGRYUYAGAYUGAAGAGUUCGUGCUGGGUCUAAGCGCGACAUGUCUAGGAAAAGACUUGCCACAAUCGAAAGGUUUAGACGAGAAGGAACAUCUUCGACACGAAGCCGUGGCUGGUAAGCAGUGACAUGUGUUGCUCACAUUUGGGUCUGUGUAGUGUAUGAGCAGUUGGAGUUUA